GCACGAUAAUUUUUCAUGAAUUUCUGUUUUAAAACGUCUCUCUACAAUAAAAGGAUGGGUUUUAUUCACUAAACUGCGAUCUGAUGUGAGUUACAAUGCCAAUGGAACAGUGUGUCCAGCUCAGCUUAUGGAGACAGACAGCUUGGCUACUUUUGCCAAUAGGGUUUCCAUUCGGAACAGACCGGGCAGCGCACGCGGACAUUGGAACGUCCGUUGAAUCCAAGCGCGGUGACCGUUCGGGGGGGCGUGUCUGUUCACCGGCCCCGCCCCCUGCCCGUGCCAGUCUGAGCUGGGCGAUCCGCUACUUCCCGGAUUUAACCGUUUCACCGCGAGCUCGGAGCGCAGAGCGCGGCCGCCGCCAUGGAGUGCACUAUCCCCGCCCAGUGCCAACUGCUGUUCCGGGCCUGCGAGGACGGAGACUCUGAGGGUGUCCGCAGAGUGCUGGAGCCGGGCAGCGCCGAUCAUCCCGGGGGAUCCAGCUGUGCCGGGGGGCCGGACGGGGUGCUGCCGGUGGGAGCGGACUCGGUGCCCGUGGACUGCACGGACGAGGACGGUAAUACGGCGCUGCAGCUGGCGGCCGGCGGGGGACACGAAGCGCUGGUCCGGAUCCUGCUCAGGAAGGGGGCCUCGGUGGACAGCAGGAAUCACUACGGCUGGACCCCCCUCAUGCAGGCUGCCAGGUACUGUGACUGGCUGAGCAUUGUGGGAGAUGUAGUCCAUAAAGCCUGGGCAUCACUGGUAUAAACGCAGGGCCAGAUGAUGGGGAACUACAGCUCCCGUGAUGCUUUGCCGGUAGGAGCUGGGAGUCUAACAUCUGGUCACAUCUCCCCAUAGCAUCACAGCAUGGACAUGGCACCCUGUUACAAUCCAUACAGUUAUACUGCUACUGGGAGAUGGUCAAACACACUCAUUGUUAGCAUUCUAAGCUAUGUCAAUGGAGAGUGAUAGGGCUGAGCAUAGAUUUAAAUAUUCAAUAAAAAAAAUAUACAAAAUCGGCACAAUCUGGCACUUCUCUGGAAUAUACAACAGUGAACAAAACAUAGAAAAUUACCCAUAAGUUGUUAACUUUUUUUUUCAUAAAAUACUCAUUUUUUUUAUUUAAUUUUUUUGUUUUUUGUUUUUAUUCAAGAGUUUAGAAAUCAAAGCAUAAUAAUCCAGUUCAAACAAGGCAAAGCCAGGGCAAACAUUGCAAAAUAAGAUUUUUUUAAAAAAGAAGAUUUUUCUCCUCUUCCCUUCAUUUCUGUGGUGACUCCCCAGUGGAAAUUACAGAGUUUAUAACAAUGAUGGAAGGAGCUAAGAUGGUGGCACUCCGUUGCAGGAUAAGUAGCUGUUUAUUUCUAGAUUUAAAGGCAUACUAUAGAGACAGGAAUACAAACAAAGCUGUAUUCCUGGCACUAUCGCUAAACCUGUGCCUUCCCCCUGCCUGGGCAAAUAAAGGGUUAAAAACCCUUCAUUUACUUAUUUGAUCCCUGCACUGAUGUCCCUCGGCGCUGGGCUGGCGCUCCACUCCCUCUGACGUCACUCCACGAGCGGACGCUAAUGCGCAUGCAUGGCACAUGCUGCGCGCAUUGCUCCUCCCCAUAGGGGAGAAAAAUCAGAACGUGAGGACACCCAGCGUUGGAUACCGGACCACUAGGUUGACUUAGUGCUGCAAUGUAAACAUUGCAGUUUCCCUGGAACUGCAAUGUUUUACAUUGCAGCACUUGGUGCAAAAGGGGCACUGUACCUACACACCUUUUUUCACACCUCACAAAUACGUUUCUUAAAUAUAGGGAUAAAUAGACAUAGUACUAAACAUCAUGGGAAGUGGCAGUUCCCCUUUAGAACUGGAAAACAUGUAUAUCCAGUCUCACAUGCUCAUCUUGUUAAUGGGUGUAAUACUAUCUUGGAGUCCCCACUAUAGUCCCAAACCACUGUAUUUUUUUCAUGUGAUUAUUUAUUUUUUCCACAAUCACAAGACAAGUGGAAUUGAUAAUGUUUCAACCUCAGUGGCCAUUUUAGUUCCAUCUAUGUAAAAAUGGAAUAAAGUUACAAAAAAAAGUGUGGUGCUUUGGAGCAUUUCAAUUAAAGGGACACUAUAGUCACCCAGACCACUUCAUCUCCAUUUCAGGAUUAAGUAAACCUCUAGUCAGCACGAUAGCUAGUAAACGUGCUUUUGCGGUAAUCGCUUAAGCAACCGUAGCAAAGCAUUCAGUCAAUGCUUUCCUAUGGUAAAGUCUGAUUGCCGCGCAUGUGCAUUAAGUUCCCAUGCUCCUAUAUGAAGAGCAAUGGAUUGGACAUCAGCGGUGGAGGCCAUGUCUCCUCUGUGACAUCACGAGAGGCGGUAAGGUGAACAGCGCCAAGAGAGCCUUGUUUUUUCCUCAAAAUAUAAAAUGGGGUGUAUUAUGUAGAACAAGGGACAGCGAUACUAUAGGAUUAGUGAUACAGUAUUCUAUUCUAUGUACAAUUUUUUUUUUUUUUUUUUUUCUUCAAAUUUUUACGUAAAAAAUAUUUCCAGGCUGGCAUGCACAUUAAAAUAAUCAUGAUUUUAUUUUGCCAGACUACUAUUCUUGUACUCACAGUGCAGAUAACACUGCUAGAACUCCAAUAGUUUAUCAUGCAUCCUUUCUCAAGUAGUCAUCGGACUACUUGACAUCUUCUGCAGUGGUUUAAAAGGACAUUUGAAGUAGUUGUCAUCAAGCAGGACAGAACCUUCUUUAAAGAGACUCUCUAAGCACUAUAGCAUGCUGCAGUGGUUAUUGUCCCAGAAGUCCCAUGCAUACGUUGUUACGCAUGCUGCAGAUUGUUUGAUAAUUACCUGGCUCUGUUGAGCACCUGUUGUCCUUCCAGUCUUUCCAGACAUGCAGAGUCAUUGAAUAAUGUCCUAAGUUUAUAUGCAAACUUAUCAGAGCUGUGCAGACUGUAAGAAUUACUACCUUUACAUUUCAGGCAAAGAGUUGCAAGCAAAACUUUUCAUCCAUGUGCUUUCACCUGUACAUUUCAGAAACAAUUCCAGGAUCUUAAUAAUGUAAUGGCAUAUGCCUGAUAAAAGGCUUGGUCUUUUCACGUUCUGUAUAUAUCCAGAAAUAGGUUGCCAUGAAGUAAGAGUAGGUAAUAUUUUCUUUUUUGUAUUUUGUUUUAGGAUGGGACAUUUAAAUGUUGCUCUUAUACUUCUGGAAAAUGGUGCAGAUGUUAAUGCCCAGAAUAGACUGGGAGCCAGCGUCCUCACAGUGGCGUCAAGAGGUGGCCAUGUUGGCGUGGUCAAGCUUCUUCUGGAAAGUGGGGCAUUUGUGGACAAUUAUGAUCAUUUUGAUGUUAAUGUUGUUAGCAACAAUGGCCUUAAGGAGGGAAUGCCUGAUAUAACUGCUCUCAUGACAGCUGCACAGCACGCACACGAGGCAGUAGUGCGCCUCCUACUGGACUGGGGGGCUGAUGUGAAUUACCGUUUAAAAACUGGAUGGAAUCCCUUGAUGCUGACAGCUCUCCAUGGGCGAGUGAGUGUAGCACAGCAGCUAGUGGAUAGGGGUGCUGACCCAGACCAUGUCAACAUUUUGGAGAAAACACCUUUUGAAAUUGCUUUGCUUUUAAAACAUAAAGAUUUGAAGGAUUAUUUGGAUCCCAUAACUACAAUUAGGCCUAAGACAGGUAAGGACAAAUAUUUUAUUUCUUAAUAUACUAAUAUAUGGUUGCUUGCAUUGUUUUGUUUUUCUGCAUUUCGUUCUAUCAUAAAAUCUAUAUCUGUGUGCAUAUAUCCAUUAUUUGUAUAGUAAGAAUAUCUAGCUAUGUAUGUAACUGGUAAUUGUUGAAAACAAGCACAUUUUAAAACAAAAUAGUUGAACUGGAAAAGAAAUGUGUAAAUGUAAGAAUUUAAAGCGACACUGUCAUAACGAAUGGACCUUUACUCCAUUGUUUCCUCUUCUCUUCCUCUCUCAGAAGCAGUUCUUCUUUUCAUUAUUUCUAAUCUAGUUUUCUUUAAAACAUAAGACCAAAUUACUUUGAUUACUUUGUUUUAUGCUUUUUUAUAUUUUCGUACGCUUGACUUUCUUUGACCAAAGGAGGAGCUUAAGUAAGCUCUAUUUCCUGUAUCAAAGAGGAGGGUGAGUAUUGUGGGAAAACAUUAUUUGACACAGGAAAUGGAGCUGACUUAAAGGAGCACUAUAGGGUCAGAAACAAAAACAUGUAUUCCUAACCCUAUAGUGUUAAAACCAACAUCUUGUGUAUAGUGUUAAAACCACCUCUCUAAAUAUAGCAAAAAUCUUACUUGUAUUCAAGUCUGUAGCUGCUGGCUCUGCCCCUGUCUGCCUCAGACCUGCCCCUGUCUGCUGACAUCAUCAGAAGUGGUGGUGUGAGCCAAUCACAAUGCUUCCCCAUAGGAUUGGCUGAGACUGUCAAGGAGGCAGAUCAGGGGCAGAGCCAUCACAAGUCAAACACAGCCCUGGCCAAUCAGCAUCUCCUCUUAGAGAAGAAUUGAAUCAAUGCAUCUCUAUGAGGAAAGUUCAGUGUCUCAAUGUAGAUGGUGGGCACACUGAAUGGCAGUUCUGCACAUUAGGCAGGACUGCUUAAUGAAGCAGCUUUAGAAGCCAUCUAAGGAGUGGCCAGUGAAGUUAUCACUAGGUUGUAAUGUAAACACUACAUUUUCUCAGAAAAGACGGUGUUUACAGCAAAAAGCCUGACAGUAAUGAUUCUACUAAUUCUCUAAUGCAAAAAGUUGUAGUUGUUCUGGUGACUAUAGUGUCCCUUUAAGCUCCUUUUGUCAAAGAAAGUAAAGUUUAGGAAAAAUACAUAAGACAAAAUAGUCACUACUUUUUCUUAUGUUUCAAGAAAACUAGAUCAGAAAGAAAGAAAAGAACAGCUUUUGAGAGAGGAAGAGAAGAAGAAACAAUAGGAGAAAGGUACGUUCGAGGUGAUAGUGCUGCUUUAAGUUUUUUCUAAUCCUAUUUUGACUUAGAAUUUUUAGUUAUGUUGACAACUUCAAAAACACACAGAAAUAGGUCCUGUGUUUAUACACCUACUGCUCUAGGUUGGCAGCAAAGGCCAUAGUGUUCAUCACACCAAAUGUGUAGAGAAACCAAAAAAAAAUAAGUCUGUAAAUCCAUGUUCUGUGACUAAUACAAGUAAAGUACAUUUCAUUGUUUUGCUUUCACUAAAGUCACCCAGGACACGUCACCUGAAUGAAGUGGUCUGUGUGCAGUGGUUGUUCAGUUUUAAUCCUGCAGUGUGAAACAUUACUUUUCUUAUGGAGAAGGCCCUGGUGGAGUGGUAAACAGUGCUGAGGGGCCUCAAUAAGUGUUUUAAAAUGUUUUUAUCAUAAAUGGGGAAGGGCCUGUAUUUUACUAGGGUCAGAAAUACUAAAGUGUCAUGAAUACAGGUUUGUGUUCCUAAUGCUUUACUGUUCCUUUAUCUUCUUUAAAAUCCUUAUUUCGCUUCACUAUUUCUUGUUAAAAUAUUGCAGCUCUAUACCUGGCUGGAUUUAUUUGCUUUUGAAUUCCUAGUGAUGGGUUAGAUUUGGGUUGGGUAAUUUGCUGUACGAUGAGUCGCAUUAUAUAAAUAUUUGUAGUGCGUAAAUGUGUCUAAUACUGCAUUUCAUAUAACAGACCAACAGUUUUUAAAUUUGUGGUAAUUCAAAAUUAAUUGACCUUUUGUUACCUAACUAUUUUUUAAUUUUAAUUAAUAAUACUAAUGCCCAUGGAAGAAAAUAAAAAUAAAACAAAGUAUCAGCACGCCUUCAUCUGACGUCACGGCAACAAGGUCCACUUGCAAAAACUUGUAGGGAGGACUGCAGUGAAGGGGGGAGGGGAGACGCAAGCUUGAGAGAAAGUGUUGCCAGUGUGCAGUGUCUGCUGACAACAGAAUCGACAUUUGGCAGUCCAGAACAGUUUCCAGAGAUGUAACUAGCCUGCAACAUAUAAGUUCAGAUACUGCUGAAUGUGCAGCAUUGUAAGUAGAAACACUGUACCUACAGAUUCCUUCCUUCAUGACCAUUUCUAAAAGCAGAAGUGAUCAUGGAUGUUGGAGUAACCCUUUAACUUAACCCCUUAAGGACACAUGACGUGUGACAUGUCAUGAUUCCCUUUUAUUCCAGAAGUUUGGUCCUUAAGGGGUUAAUGGGACACUAUAAUGUCAAGAACACAAACAUGUAUUUACAUCUGUGGUGGUAAAAUGACUACUUAGGUCCUGGGCCCCUCUCUUUUUUACUUUAAAAAGAAGCUUUUACUUACCAGUCUCUCCGCACAUUACACCGCCGCGCGGAGAUAAUCAACUUUGACAAGCUCAUCCAAUCCUGUGUUCAUCCAAGCCAGUUUUUGACUAUUUGGCCUAAAUUUUAAAAUUCACUUUGAAUUCCUAAAAUAUAUUUUAGCAAAUAUAGAAACAUAGAAUGUGACAGCAGAUAAGAAACAUUUGGCCCAUCCAGUCUGCCCAAUUUUCUAAAUACUUUCAUUAGUCCCUGGCCUUAUCUUAUAGCUAGGAUAGCCUUAUGCCUAUCAAACACAUGCCUAAACUUCUUCACUGUGUUAACCUCUACCACUUCAGCUGGAAGUGGAAGGCUAUUCCAUGCAUCCACUACCCUCUCAGUAUAGUAACAGUUCUUGAUGUUAUUUUUAAACAUUUGCCCCUCUAAUUUAACACUAUGUCCUCUUGUUGUGGUAGUUUUUCUUCUUUUAACUCCUUAUGGAUGGCGGGUGGCAUAGAACGUCCCCGCCAUCCAGGGGGCUUGCCUGCUCAUUGGCGAUCACCCGCCAUUGAUCGCGAUGGGGGGACUUGCCUGACAUCCCAGGCACUCCCCCUGCUGCCGAUUCGGCCCUCCUGGGCCAUGUGAUCGCAAAGUCCUUGCGAGGACCUCACGAUCACAUGGACGGAAUAGCCGUCCAUAGCAGUGCCAGCAGGGGAAGUGCCUGGAAUGAAAGAUAGUCUCCCUGCUGCCUGUAUUAAAGUAAAAUAAAGUUUUUAAAAACCAUUUAAAAUUAAAUAAUAUAUACUUAGAUUUUAUAAUUUGUGUGUGUGUGUAUAUGUAUACACUUACACAUACAUACACUGUCUAAGUGUAUUUUAAUAUUAUCAAAAUACACGUAGUUAUAUUAAAGAAUCAUAUAAAAAAAAAAUAAUAUAUAUAUAUAUAUAUAUAUAUAUAUAGUGUGUGUUAAAAAUAAUUAAAAUAUGUGUAAUUUCGUUCUAACUGUAUUUUGAUAUUAAUAUAUAUUGAAAUUAAAAUACACUUAGAACGAAAUAAUAUAUAUAUGAUAUAUGUAUAUAUCAAACUAUAUAUUAUUUUAAAAAAAUGAUAUAGAGAUAUAUUUUUACAUAAUUGAGUCAUUUUAUUAAUUACAAUUUGCCAGACUUGCUGUCAGGAUUACAAGUUGAUCCAGCAUGCAGAACUGUGUCACACCUAGGACUACGGUUAACGUAUAACCAGACCUUAGAAUGGCCGGAAUUCCUCACUGCCUAAUGGUUCAGACGUCCGUUUAAAUUCCGCAAGGAAUUCCUGGUAACAAUGAGUGAUACUCCUAUUACUUUCCCAUAAAGAAUUAGCCCAAGUUAAGGCCUUACCUUUAAGUUGGUUCAUCAGAUACCCAGUAGCCCCUUAGCUCUAUCUGAAGGAAAUGAACCAGGUGAGGCCUCAAAGUGGAACUCAAUCUGAUUGAGAAAUCCCCUACAUUCCUGGAUAUUAGCAAAAAAAAUAAGGGGGGGGGAUAUAAGUAGAUCACAGGUGCCUUAUAUACUAUAGGUGGCAGUAGAUUAGACAUCGGUGACAUAAUCCGAGAAGCCUCAGGUUGUAAAUGAGCUGUCCUAGUAAGAAGCGUGCUAAAAGCAUGGGCAAAUUGAUCCAAACGGUGAUCAUUCUCCUCCAGCUUUCUCUCACAAGCUGCUAUGUGCUGACACAAUUCUGCAGGAUCUAUGGCCAUGUCGUUAUGUCAGGACUACAAGUUCAUUCAGCAUGCAGUACUGUGUCACACCUAGAACUAAGGAUAACGUAUGACCAGACCUUAGAAUAGCCGGACUGCUUGGUCUUCCCAAAAGCCGUACUGCACCCCUACAGUCUGUAAUGAAUGCUGCUGCUAGACUGAUUUUCCUCUCUAGUCGGUUCUCUCACACCUCACCCCUCUGCCAGUCCUUACAUUGGCUUCCUGUGUGCUAUAGGAGUCAAUUCAAGGCACUAACUCACACCUAUAAAGCACUGAACAACUCUAGCCCCUCUUAUAUCUCCUCACUGAUCCACAGGUAUGUCCCUUCUCGGUCUCUCCGCUCUGCCCGUGACCACCUCCUGUCCGUUGUCCGCACCCGUACGGCCAACUCGCGCUUGCAGGACUUCUCGCGGGCGGCUCCCUUCCUAUGGAAUAGCCUGCCUACCGCCAUCCGACUCUCCCCUAGUCUUGCAUCUUUUAAGAAGUGCCUUAAAACCCAUUUCUUUAGGAAAGCUUAUGGCCUCCAAGACUAACCCCUACCUCACAUACCCGUCUCCUGCCCUCUCCUAAAGGGCAGCCCACCUUAUUUGAUUGCCAUUCCUGUCCUAAUGUGUUUUACACCCCACCUCCUAUAGAAUGUAAGCUCGAUUGAGCAGGGUCCUCUUCAACCUAUUUUUCCUGUAAGUUUAUUUGUAAUUGUCCUAUUUAUAGUUAAAUCCCCUUUCAUAAUAUUGUAAAGCACUACGGAAUCUGUUGGCGCUAUAUAAAUGGCAAUAAUAAUAAUAAUAAUAAUAAUAGUCAAAAUACUUGCCGAGGUCAGAAACACAGAAUCCGACACAACGAUGAGGGAAAGCCAAAAGUCAAGGAUACCAGAAUUCAGGGAAGUCAAAAUGAAGCCAAAGUCAAAUACCAGAAAAUCAAGAUCAGGAAUGCACUCUCUGAUUACCAUCUGGAUGAAACCACGACAGGGCAAUGAGCAAAAGGAGAACUGGGUUUAAAUACCCCUCCUGUGGAUCCGAUUGGCUGUAACCGGCCUUUGACCCCAAAAGCAAUUACCAGGUCUCAAUGUGCAUGAUUGCUGCUCAGCACAACUUUUCCUGUCAGGACGGUAAUGAUGCUUGGCAUAACUUUUCCUGUCAGGACGGUAAAUGCCAUUAACCACAUUUUUAUGUGCGGAUAAAUACGUGACACCUGCCUGAUAACCCAGGCAGAAAGUCCAGAGAAUUUAAUUUGCUAGGAUUAUAUUUAACUCUGUAACUUUCCAAGACACCAUAAAACCUGUCCACGGGGGGCACUGUUUUACUCAGGAGACUUUGCUGAACACAAAUAUUACAACAUUACAAUGAUAUCAUUAGUAAAAAUGACUUUUUUUUGCAUUUGUCACACACAAAUGGCACUUACACGGACAAAAUAAUUGUGAUACGUUUUACGGUUUUGCCCAGGAAUGAGAAUUACCCCCAUGAUGGCAUACCAUUUGCAAAAGUAGACAACCCAAGGUAUUAUAAAUGGGUAUAUCCAGUAUUUUUUAGUAGCCACUUAGUCACAAACACUGGCCAAAAUUAGUUUUUCGCAUUAUGCACACACAAACAAAUAUAAAUGCUAACUUUGGCCAGUAUUUGUGGCUACUGAAAGAGAGUGGACAUAACCCAUUUGCAAUUCCUUGGGUGGUCUACUAUAGCAAAUUGUAUGCCAUCAUGGGGUUAAUUCUUAUUCCUGGGCUACCAUACGGUCUCAAAGGCAACGUAAUCAAUCUGGCGAAUUUCAAUGUGAAAAAAAUUUAACAUGCUAUAUUUGACCCUGUAACUUCCCAAAAACACCAUAAAACCUGUACAUAGGGGUCCUGUUUUAUACGUGAGACAUCGCUGAAUACAAAUAUGUGUAUUUUAUUGCAGUAAAAGCAAACCGUAUUAUGACAUUCACAGUUAAAAUGUCAUGCAGAACUAAAAAAAAUAACAAUUUCUUAAUUUCUCAGUUUUAAAAAAAAUAUUCAUAUUAAAUUCUGUUUCAUAGCUAAAUAUUUGAUGUUAAAUGAAAUCCCUAUUUAUCAUGAAUAAAAUGAUGUAUAAUAAGUGUGGGUGCACUUAAUGUGAAAGAUGUGAAUUAUGGUUGAACAGACAUAUAGUCAAAUUCCAAAUUUUGAUUACAGUCCUUAAGGGGUUAAAUAUAGUCUCCUCCUUUACUGUGUUGAUUCCCUUUAUGUAUUUGAAUGUUUCUAUCAUAUCACCACUGUCUCCUCUUUCCUCCAAGCUAUACAUGACCUUGAAAGGUUUUCUGUGUCUCUAAUGGCUUAUGAAAUAAUGCACACAUAUUUCUAUGAAAUAUACACAUAUAUUUAUAAUUAUUUCUUUCUUUUGCAGAUGAAGAAAAGAGAAGACCUGAUGUGUUUCAUGCUGUGAAGAUUGGUACGUAGUUCCAGAAUUCUGACUUUCAUACAUAGUUAGAGUGAUUUCCAUGUAACUAUGCUUAGUGGCCCGAAUUCUUCUGUCCUAAUACAGGCCACGCAGCUAAUGAUUCAGUAAAAGGAAAUAGUGUUUGCAAGCUGUUCUAAUUAUUAACUGCAAAGGUUCAACAUGUAACAGAAUGCAGUCCCUCCCAGCAGCAAAUAUAACCUGAAGAAUCCACCUCUAGAAAGUAUCAUUUGUAUGUCUGAUUUCUGAUUGUGUGAAGCUAGGGUUAACUAAUAAAACUGAGAUUACUCCUGUAAUGUUGAAUGGAAUAAAGUGACCCUCCCUGUUUUCACUUGGAUUCUAAUCUUAAUACAAAAAGAGAAGUCCUGCGCUCACUCCCAUCACUACUGGGCCGGCAGCAAUGACUACAGUACACAUCAGCCCAAUAUAUAGUAAAACCCAAAUUAAAGAAAGUUACCUGCGCUCUCUCCUUAAUCCCUAUGUAUAUUUAGACAAAUGGAGGUCAUUUAGUUGCUCUAAUUGGAGCAACUAAAUGACCUCCAUUUGUCUAAAUAUACAUAGGGAUUAAGGAGAGAGCGCAGGUAACUUUUUCUUUUCUUUGGAUUCUAAUCUUGCUGUGUAAAAACUGUCCAUGAAUCUAUAUGUAACUUUAUGUGUUAUUUUAGGCAAUGUACAGCUGGUCAGAGAAAUUAUAGAUGAUGAUCCAAAUCAAGUGAAUGCCAUCAACGGUGAUGGGGCAUCUCCCUUGAUGAUAGCCGCAGUUACUGGAAAACUGGAACUUGUACAGCUGCUGGUUGACAAGAAUGCAGACAUCAACAAACAGGACAAUGUCCAUGCAUGGACUGCUUUAAUGCAGGCCACCUACCAUGGGUGAGUGAGCACAGCUGUCUGUUUUUCAAAGAAACAAACAUGAUCAAGUAAGGAAGGACACUAAAUUUGAUUACUUUGUCAAAAGCAAAAGGAGAACUGGGUUUAAAUACCCCUCCUGUGGAUCCGAUUGGCUGUAACCGGCCUUUGACCCCAAAAGCAAUCACCGUUGGUGGAUUUUAACAUUGUUACGUUGAGAAAAGGUCACUGCUUGGGUGGGUAAGUUACUGUUUGUUAUGUAAGCUCCUGAGCAAAACCUCUGUGAUUUGAACUGGUCAUGGUGCUUGGAGUCUGUAUAUGCAGCGAUUUGCUAUGAAACUCUGCACCUACAGAGUUUAACCACUCUGCUGCUGGAUGUGUAACUCCAUCUGUGGCUGCAAAAUUGGGGCAUCAUUAGUCUACCUGCAACAGGAGUUCUGGGCUGAAUAAUGUGAAUUCUGACAUCUGGCAAAUUUGGCAUCUGACGCCAGCACACACAGUAUGUCUCCUCUGUGCCGUCCAUGUCCUCACUUCACCCUUUUGGCGAGGCAGUGGUGUGAUUUUUGGCAGAAGAGGAUCAGCCAUCAGGCAGAACUGUGUGGGGAGGAUGCAGCAGCAUAGGAAUAAUUACUAUAUUUUUUGGUUGGAGUAAUCCUUUAACAUAUCACAGUGUGGCUAUUUUUAGUUAUCAUACCAAAGUGAACAUUUUCAGCUUUUGUGACAUUUGCUGUUCCUUUUCUUUAAGAAACAAAGAAAUUGUGAUCUACCUCUUAAAUCAAGGAGCUGAUGUCAACCUGCGUGCCAAAAAUGGGUACACGGCAUUUGACCUUGUGACACUACUAAAUGAUCCAGGUUUGCAUUUCUUUACUUAAUAUUACCUAUUCAGCAUAAACUCCUUCCUUCUGUAACCGCUGAUGGUUCCCCUAUUUACCAUAGAACAUCUUAAAGCAUGUCAAACUCAAAGGCUAGCACGGACCACAUAAACAAGUUUUAAGUUUAUGUGGUCCACAAAAAAAUACAUUUUCAUAGAAACGUUGUUUUGAAAAGUACAGUAUUAAAACUACUAAAUCCCAGUCUCCCCCUUGAUACUAAAUCCCAGCCCCUUCCCUCCCUCCCCCCACUAAAUCCCACAAGACCAUCUACUAAACCCCAGCCCUUGUUUAGAAAAAAAAUCAAAACAAUAUUAGCCAACAAGCAGACUCCACUCAUAUUGCCGCUGCCAGUAUGCAGCCUCUGUUAUACCCCCAAUGGCGCCUUCCACACCUUGUGCCAAAGCGGAUCCUCCCGCUACUCCUUGAAAACCUGUGAUGGUGGAGCAUGUCAGGUUGUGACGUGGCGUUGCAUGCCUCCAGGUCCUCCACUGUCCAGCCGCGACCAUCGCAACACUGACCAACACACACUGACUGACACACUCACUCUCUGAAGGACAUACUCACUCUCUGAAGGACACACACACACUAACUGACAGACACACGCAGUGAUGGGCACACACAUUCCACAUUCUUGCACACCCCAACAUCAUUUUCUUUAUUGCUCCCUACCUUUGGGAGCUGGUGUGGGUCCUCUCCCUGGGAUCCAUUGGGGAUCUUCUCUUGGGAGCUCAGUCUUCCUGCUCCCUCACACGCGCAGUUUAGUGAUGCCGUGUGCCGGAAUUACGCCAUAUUCUGGCACACAGCAUCACUACAGAGAGCGCGCGCAAGGGAGCAGUGAGGAGCAGGAAGACUGAGCUCCCUCGCUGCCGCCAGGUACCUCUCUUCCCGGCUGGGUACAUUUUUAGCAGAGUAGGCACCUGCAAUGUAAGGAGAGCAGGUGCCUACUCUGCCUUAGUAAGCAUGGCGAACUUGCGGCUCGCUGGGCCGCAAAGGUAUUCACUGUGGGCCGCGAGUUUGACAUGCUUGUUUUAAAGUAUAGAAUUUGGCAGGGAUAACCGUACAGAUAUCUUAGCCAUAAUAUUAUAUAGUUAGUAAGUGUUCCUCUAUUUAAAAUAUAUAAAUAAUUGAGAAUACAAUAUAAAAUUAUUGGAAGCAAUAAAGAUUUUUGUCUUUUUAAAUAUUUUAUUAAAUAUAAAUAUAGACAUAUAAAACCUUAAUAAUCUAUUAAAAUAAUUUCUAGCAGAGUUUGUAAGAUUAAAGUACAUGCUUGCAAUAUCCGUAAAAUAGAAUAACAUACCCUCUUGAACAUGUCAACCUCUCAGUCAUGAUAAAAUGGAGCAGCGUCCCUGCAUAAAGAAUUCUCUCCUCUGUGUCCUAAUAUUAAUAGGUUCACAUAAUUAUACCCUAGAUUUUCAAUGGGGUCAUGUUAGGACCUGCCUUAACUUGGCAAGGCCAUAACUUGGUCAUUUCAUGUGGGAAUAUCUAUCUUUAGACUAAAACUUAAAGGGUACACCUGAAUUGGUGAAUUCCACUAACCUAGGACAAUAUGGCAUCCUAAAGUCUGAACACCAUAUUCACUGAUUAUGGGUAGGAGGUCAUUUAUUAAAGAAACAUUGUAUGAUAAACAAUAUGUUAAAUUUCUAACGACUUGUCAGUUUGCAAAAUCUCUUAAAGACAAAAUACACAGAUUAAGAACUACAGCAUUUCAUUUGAAGCAUUUGCCCAUAACACUCCUUUUGGCCACUCUCCAUUAUAUAAAUGUGGCAGUGUGUGGACUGGAGUUGUUUUCUUCACACAAAAGAAUAUAUGUAUUUUUAUUUUAUUUUAUUUUUUCCAUUUCUCAUGAUGAUUCUUUGCCAUUUCAAAUGAGUAUACAUUUUAUAAUAUAGUAAAUGUAAAAAUACAGUUUGGCUUGAUUUACAAGCAAACAUUUCAUUUAAAAUAAACUUUUGACAAGUUAUUAUUUGAACGUGACCAUCUAUAAAAUAUAAUAUAUAAUUUAAUAAGUGAAGUAAAAAUAGAAAAAAAAAUCUAUCUAUAAUUUUUUACUUUUAUUUUGUUACUUCCAGUUACAUUUAGCUCCUGAAACUAGUGCUGUUUACAUAGUUACAUAGCUGAAAAGAGACUUGUGUCCAUCAAGUUCAGCCUUCCUCACAUUUGUUUUUUGCUGUUGAUCCAAAAGAAGGCAAAAGUAUUGUUUUUUUUGAAUACUGUGGUAUGCUGGAUGUAUUGUAGGACCAGAGUCAAUGUGCACCCCUUCUCAGUACUGAUUUCACAGACUCUCUGCAUCUUCCCGACUGGAUGAUGCAGUGUUACUAAACAUGUUAUGUGCAGAAGGUAACAGUAUUUCUUUACAUUUUUUAUUCCUAGCGCUUUAGCUCCAUUGUGCGCCCAUCCUCGUUCGCGCCCCCCCAAUUUACCCUUCCUGUACUUACCCGAUUCCUGCGCCGAUUUCUCUCUUGGCGCGGAGUCGACGCUCCACCUUCACAGGAAGGGGUUGCAGGCACUAAUGUGCAUGCACAGCAAGAGCAUUAGGCCCUCCCCACAUUCCUGCAAAGAGUGAGGACGUCCAGCCUCAGACGACUUUUGGUGCCUGAUUGACAACCACUAGAGUCAGUCUUAACCCUACAAUGUAAUUAUUGUAGUUUAUUAGAAACUGCAAUAAUUAAUAUUGUAAGUUUAAGGGGACAGGGUCACUGCAUCCAGACCACUGCAAUGAGCUGAAGUGGUCUGGGUACCUAUUGUGUCAUUUUAAGAACACUGCUUGAAUCUAAAAAAAAAGGCUGAAUAAUACGCAAUAAUGUUUCACAUUUUUAUAAUACUGAAUGGUUUCAUUGCUUUAUAAGAGAUUAUUUAAAUAAGUAUAAUAAAAUGUAUUUUGUCUGAGCUUUAUAAUUCAAAUGAUCAAAUUAGAGCUGUAAAUCAAAUCCUAAAGUAGUGUUAGUUUAGAAGACUUCAGAGAUUCUAACCAGAUCUGCGUUCUUUUAGUAAAGCUGUUUGCUGGCUGCCAUGCUUACAAUUUUAUUUAUUUUUUUAUUUAUUUUUAGCAUUUUUAGGAAUAAAACCGCUACUGGAUGCUGCUCUACAUAGCCCAUAAACUCCUGCUAGGUAGUGGCCUGUGAGACAUACUCAUUUUGCCUAUGGCAGGCAGGGAUUGGAAAAAGAUGUUUCAGUCACUCUGGUCUAGAAGGGGCUUAUCUCAAAAAGCUAAUUUCAAAAUCUCUUACUUAAAUGUAAUGUACAUAGAUAAGAAUAUUUGAUUAUUAAAAAAAAUCUUUAAUAGUUAUUCUUAAAGGAACACAAAUGUGUAUUCUGUGUUCUCUUUAAUCUUUUCUCCAACGCCGCUGUGCUCUCUCUGCGGCUGGUCACGUCUGCAUGGCUGAGGUCAUCAGGAUCAAUGAUCUCAGCUUAUCCAAUUCUUUCCCAUAGGAAACCAUUGGGAGGUUAGUGCACGCACAGCAAUGCACCGUACUGUUCCAACCUGAUGGUCUCUAUAAGAUCAUCUAAUAGAAAGUUUUACUUUUACCGUUCAGAUCGACACUCACUAGAGGCAUUUAAAUCAUGCACUGCAAUCCUUGUUGUUCCUGCAAAACUGCAAUGUUUGCAGCGGCAUGCUUAAAUCUACAGGGACCUGGCUUCUAGACCAUGACUCAUAGAAGUCAGUGUUCAGUGCAGAAUAUGAUAUAAAAGCCAAGAAAUGAAAUAUAAAUAAUAUUAAUAAUAAAAAAUAUUAAAAUAAGCAAAAAGCCUGAGCUUAAUUUACAUACUAGUUUUCCUGGCACUAUAGUGUCCUGAGGGUGCCCCCAACCUUUUACCUUUCUCCAGCGCCAGGCAGGGAGCUCUCCUCCUCCUCCUCUUCUCCUCCAUAGCGACGUCAUCGGCUGAAUGCGCAUGCGCGGCAGGAGCCGCGCGCAUUCAGCCAGUUGAUAGGAAAGCAUUGUAAAUUGAUUGAUUUUCACAGUGAGAAGCACGCAAGUGCCUCUAGCGGCUGUCAAGAGACCGCCACUAGAGGCUGGAUUAACCAUAUUAUAAACAUAGCAGUUUCUCUGAAACUGCUAUGUUUAUAUAUAUAUAUAUAUAUAUAUAUAUAUAUAUAUAUAUAUAUAUAUAUAUAUAUAUAUAUAUAUAUAUAUAUAUAUUAAAAAAAAGGUUAAUCCUAGAUGGACCUGGCACCCAGACCACUUUGUUAAGCUGAAGUGGUCUGGGUGCCUAUAGUGGUCCUUUAAUGUUUUUAGAAAUGUGACAAUGCUGAACUGUAAUUUAGUGUAAAGAUAUAUUGUCUGACCUGAUAGCUGUCCUGUUUCUUUAAGUAUUUAUGUGUAAGCAGAUCUCUAUUCUUUUCCCCCAUGGAGAUAGUACUUCUUUUCCUUACAAGUCCUGGAAAUGCAUGUUAAUAGUUCAUGCUUUUGAAUAUUCAUUGAUUCCUGUGUAACUCUGCUAACUCAAGUGUUGAUGUGAAUUUGUGGUCAGAGGGAAUGUAUAUUGCAUUUAUUGUAAUGCAGAUAGGAACACUGUGACCAUCUUAGCUGGGAAGUGUAGUCAAUGGCAUGCUCAUUGGCGUUGCAUACAUUUCUGGAGUUAAACAUUAUACUUAGUUUUUAUAGAAACACUUUUAUAUAUCAUGUCUAUUUUGUGUUCUGUUACGGCAGAUAUAGAGCUUGUUCGACUCUUGGCAUCUGUAUGUUUAGAGGUGGAGAAGGAGAAGUCAAAGCAGAAGAAUAAAAGUCCGUUGCUCAUUUCCAAGAGCAAGCAAUCUUUCAAUAUCCCUGGGCCAACUGAAGACACUGCAGGGUUAAAGGUACAGCACUUUCUCAGGCUUUCAUUGAUUUAUCAUGUCUUAUGUAUUGCUAUUAUCCAAUAAAUAAUAGAUAGUCAUACAGACAAAUAUAUAUAUAUAUAUCACACACACACAAUUAAACUAUAUGCUUGCAAUAUCAAUAAUAUACCCUCUUGAACAUGUCAACAUAUCCAUUAUAAUAUGGAGCGACAGUGUCUCCGUCUCCAAAUCUCUCCUCUGUCCAUUAACAUUUAAAAAACAUUUGAAAAACAAUAUGUUCCAUUUGUAACACCUUGUCAGUUUGCAAUAUCUCAUAUAGACAAAAUACACAGUUUAAGAAAUACAACAUUUCAUUCUAAAACUUGUAAUAUUUGCAUUUGCCCAUAAAAACAUACUGACACAAAUGGAGUAGAGAACCCUGCUGGUGAACUUUAGUCUAACAUUUAUCACUGUGUUCUCUUCAGUAAUGGCCAUGUUUUAAUUUGAAAGAGGAUAAAUAUUUUAAAACCUGUGACAGGCUUCUGUAUCCUUUUUUUUUGUUUGUUUUCUGUUAUGUUUUAAGGCUCUUAAUGGUACUCUCCUAGUCAGUCAUUUUUUUUUUAAAAAUGAAUUUCAAUGUGGAUUUAUAACAACAGACUGCCUGGCAACAUUUUAAACCAUACAUAGCUUUUGUCAAAUAUAUACUUAGUUACAUGCUUAAUUACAUUGCAUGCAAUAAGUAAUGUAGGGAAAAAAACAAAUAUUAACCCCUUCAGGGUUAAAGUGAUAAAGAAUUAAAAAUGAGCGGUGGAUGGGGCCCUAAAUGACAAUAGGGGGAUGACCUAUUGUCCCAACUCAUGAGCGGCGGGUGGGGGCCCUAAAUGACAGUGGGGGGACCUAUUGUCUCCCUCCCCAACCCAUGAAAAGGUCACUAAAUGAUAAUAGGGUGGGAUCUAUUCCUUCUUUUGGGGGCAGCGGGGGGGGGGUAUCACCAGGGGGAAUAAUUUUAUAUUUAGCGCCCUCCACGUCGCCCGUGGGUGGGGGCGGGGGAAUAUAGGUUCUCCCCCCCCCAUUGUUAUUAAGGGCCCCCACCUGCCACAGACUGCUCACUGUGUGGUAGACAUGCCCCUACUCACGGCAUAGUGAGUAGGGGCAUUUGGGAGAUUUCACUCUCCCAUAUGCUAAUAUGGAGGUCAUAUUAACCCCAUAGAGUGAGGGAGGACAUGGGGGUCUUAGGAAGUGGUGGGGAGCACACUGUAUUUUUACAUAUUACAAGGAGGGAGCUGUGAGCCAGUAUCUCCCUCCUUGUAAUAAGCAAAACAAACACCGACAUUCGGUCUUUGUUCGUUUGUGUGAAAUUUAUUUUCAUUCAUUCGUCUUUCUGACAAAUGAAUAGACAAAAUUCCUGUCCGAAUUUUGGACAAUAGCAAAUGCCCAUUGUUUAACUGGGUAUGCACUGGAAUUUCAUAGCGCUAUCUAGAGUGGGCAGAUGACGUUUCCGACAGAGCCUUCAUCUGCCCACACAAAGAUGGCAGCAUCCAGGGACUAGGUUCGGGCACAAAAUAAAGUUGAAGAAAAAAAGGGAAUAUAGGGGGGCCUAGGAGCAUUUGGGUGUGACUUGGGUGCAGUUUGAUGUAGUAGAGUUGGGAGGGGGGGUUAAAAAAAAAUCUGAAUGUAGCCAUGACCGUGUCGCUUUAAGCUAAACUGAAGACAGGCAAUUUCUAAGUGUUAGCCUUGCAAAAACUUCUCAUGGAGCUGCAUUGGGAAGACUGCGAUUGGACAGCAACAGAAAGUCUAGGUUGGAUUAGAAGGGGGGGCUUGGAAGGGUUUAAGACGGGACCUGUAGCAAGAUGUUUUUAGAUAUACCCCAAAAAGCAUAAUUAAACACAUGCAUUCAUUUGGUGAAUAUCUACUAAACAGUAAUAUUUCAUAUUUGGACAGUGGAGUGUCCCCUUUUUCUCUGAUUUAGUUAUUGUUUUCUUUUUCUUUACACUUUUCAGUCAUGGUGGAACAGAAUGUCAAACCGUUUCCGCAAGCUGAAACUAACUCAGACUUUGAGACAUGGGUUCUCUACCAAUCGGCUUGUACCUUUUUCAGAAAAUCCUAGCGUAUCCCUGGACUCUGCACUAAAAUGUUCUCCACACACCGACACUGCCAACCCACGAAGAACAGAGGCUUUUACAGCUUGGACUAAUACCAGCAAAGACAGUGGUAGGUGUACCGAACAAGACACAUGUUAUAUUUCUGUGUAGUUGUGAAUUAUUACACUUUCGGUCAUUUUAGGAUUCUAUAGUGUAUUAAUUCUAUUAGAAAUAGUGUUAUAGUACUUACCUUCCUCCCUUGUCUUGAUGUCAUGCAGUCAUCAGGACCACAUUUGCUUACAUUCUCAAUCUAUCCCAUGUGAUGAAUUCAGAACUGAAUUCAACUCAAUUUAUGCCAAUAGUAUCACAAAACAAACAGAAUGAACUAUCUGAGCACCACUAACAUCCAUGUAAUAUAUAUACACUGUGUUACAUCAGUGCUAUAAAAUUACAACCGUUAAGCUAAAGGUCUGGCUAGUUCAUUCACGCAGUCCUAGGAGCAUAAAGAAGAUAUCGCGUGAACUCAUACCAUCACCAACACACACAAAAACUUACUUGCACAAGAAGUGUGCCUUCAGUUAAUACACAAAGCUCUUACUAGCGGCUUUGUGACUGAAAUUCUGACCAAUUUGAGACUUUGCGACUUUAGCUGAAACAAGUAAUAUGUAUUUGGAUUAGGAGCAACAGACAGUCCUCAGUCCUUGCAGUCAAUAUUCUCUGGUCAUAUUCUUCUUUUAAGGCUCUGAGCAUCAUUUUCCUGAGUGUUUCAUUGGGCUCAACUCUGAUCUAAAUCUAGGUAUUGACCUAUGGAUACCAAACCAAAAGAAGGAUGUGAAAGUUAGUUAACACAUAAGACUUUCACCUUGAUAUCUGGAUAACAACAAAGCAUUUUCUGAGUUUUUGUAGUUGCAUAGGGUUCACCAAAGUGAGAAAUUCAAAAUUAAAUUGAAAUGUAAGACCAUAAUAGUCAAACUGAAAAAAGAAAACCGCUAUGCUUUCAGUUAAGCUAUUUUAGACUUGUGUUAGAAAUUCACUUUGAAUACAUUUGCUUAUGAAUAACCCUGGCAAUGUUUUUAAAUCUGUACUUUUUGUGUGAGAAAACGCAUGAGGUUCUAUUGGGAAUGAUCGGGAAUGAAUUGAUAGAUUCCAAUGUUUGCUUGCGAAGUCCUCUGCAUGCCUAUUUAGGACCUACCCUAUGCUGCUUGCAGCAACAUAGAAGCAUCCAUUCGCUGGUCAGAUUUGCUAUAUUUCAAUCAGUGUGCUUGCAGGUGACCAAGCGUCUGAGAAAUCUCCCCUGCAGGAAGCUAAUCUGACAUUGUAUUUAGCUGCAAUAUAAAUACAAAUGAAAUGGUUCUAAGAUCACUGCCUUCAAAACGACACCCUUUGGAGUGCUACAUUCCUUAAUUAAAUGGAACAUAUUGGAACUCCUCCAUAAUGCAUUUUACAUAAUAAACCAAGUGUUUACUUUUGCUAAAUUCUGGUGCUUAUGUGCUAAAUUAAUUUAAGUACUUGUUAAAUCUCCCUUCCUUAGUAUGCUGCAUUGUAAUAUGAUUUUGUUUAUAUUUCAGGAAUAACAACAACAAAGGUUGAAAAUGAUGAUUUGCUGCUAACUACAAUGGUAGGGAUUUUACAAUUAAUAUAGGGUGGAAGUCUGCAGAACCGGGUUCCAAAGAUUUAAAUAAAAUUCCCUUACUAUGUAUGCCUCUUGCCAGCAAUAUAUCAUUGUGAAAAUGAUCAUUAAAGGACAAUAUUCCAUUAAUUGUUAAAAACCGUUUGUAAGUUAAAAAUCAUUGAGAAUCUUAACACUUUAUUUUAUUAGACUGGGUAAUAACUGGUUGUGUAAAGAAAUACAUCAUAUUGUGUACCUUUUUGACCUUUUUUUUUUUUUUUUUUCUGCAAAACUUUUGUAAUUAGGAUAUCAUGUCAUAGCAUGUCAAACUCAAAGGCUAACGCGGGCCAAAUAAACAAGGCUUAAGUUUGUGGGCAACAAAAAAAAAAAAAAAGAGUUUGACCUAGACCAACACAAACUAAAAUUACUUGUAUCAUUCUCAUGCAAACAACAUCUACAAGCAAAAAAAAUCUAAACCACAUUUUUAAAAUUUAAUUACGAAAACCCAUGAUUAUCUUACUUGGUGCAGCAAAAAGAUGAUGUGCCUUGCUCUAUAGUAUCUGUCUUCUAAAUUUAUUUUAUUACCUAUUAAUUGACUUCAGUGUUUCCAUAUUUUUCCUGCAUUGGGCUCACUUUAUUAUUUCAUUUUACAGUGUAUUUGUAGAACAUUGCUUACACUGCCUCCCUUCUAAUAAACAGCUUGCUCAUUAAAGAAAGUUUUCAUUCAAUCCUACCUGAUUGGCUUUUUAUUCUCGUAGUUAAAGAAUGGAGCGCCAUUUGCCAAGCUUCCUAAUGACAAACUGAAGGCUGUAAUCCCUCCAUUCCUGCCUCCAUCCAAUUUCGAACUGUGGAAUUCUGACCGCUCCAGGGUUAGUAAAGAUGGAAAAAUGGAACAGACCAGAGCUUCAAUGCCAUCAAGGCUUUCAAAGCCCAGCUUUAACGCUAGUGUGAAUUCUGACGUAAGUUAUGUUUUCUUUUCUCAUCACAUUUUUUCACAGUAUCAAAAUGGAUUCAGGUUGCAGUAUUUAUACAGUUCUGGUAGUAAAUGAAAUACAUGACACCGUUGAAAAGGACAUAGUUCCCUGACCCACUUUUAAUAUGUAUACAUAUAUCCAACAUGGGCUUGGCACUCACAUUCCUGUCCUGUUCUUGCCUCAGUGCUAUUUUGAGCCCCAAUAAAACGUCCCAGAGAAAUGCACUCAGAGGGCUCGUAGUCUUGUGCAAUAUAUCCUUUAUUUGUGCAAAGGUACAGUCAACGUUUCAGUCCGACUUGAAAAAAGUACAAGUCGAACUGAAACGUUGACUGUACCUUUGCACAAAUAAAGGAUAUAAUGCACAAGACUACAAGCCCUCUGAGUGCAUACAUACAUGCAUACAAAUGGUGCUUAUGCUCAUUCAUGCUCUCCCUGAACAAGCCUGAAUUACUGCUUACAGCCAUUUAUUGAGCAUACUCCACAGUAAACUAUUACCUGAUUACCUGUCAUUCAUUAAAAUGAGAAUACUUAAUGUACAGAACAUUACAUUUUAUCUAUACAUUGUGCUAGCAGAUUUGCUAGUAAAUGUAUAGGUUAGUAGAAAAACCUACUUGAAAAUGUCUUUUUUCCACCUGUCAAUCAAUCGGCUUAAAGUAUAACCGUAUUUAGAAUUGGCAUAAUAUGUUAAUUACCAUAGCUUCUAUGUUGUAUGAAUUGGCACCAGCAACACCCUUCUAAGUAUGUAUGUUCAGGUGAGUGCAGCCCUUUCUAGUACAAAUUCAUCCCCAUAUUAUAAUAUUGUACGUGUGUAUAAACAUAUACACACUUCUUAUAGUGACUGGUUUUAUUUAAAGAUUGUGCAAGGGUUAAGUCUUAUAAAGUGAUCCAUUAUUUUGUAACAUACAGUAUGGAUACGUCUUCUUACCUAUUUGCAGCCUAUUGGCAGCCUAUUGGCUAUUGGCUGUAUAUGAAAGGUGAUCCAGUGUUAGCACCAACCACAUGCAGAUAUAUGUGUACAUUGGGGGGAUGUAAUUCUCUGUUUGUGGCAUAUUGAGGAUUAUUUGUACAUACCAGUUAUCGCACAAAGUUGUGAAAGUGGAGCAAUCAUUCAUUCAGUUUUCAUAGUGGCUGCUUCAUACUUUUUUUCUACAUAAUCACAGACGUUUCUUUGUGUCCAUUCCAUUUACAGACCUUCAUUCAACACUGUGUUAGACUGAACUUCUUUUUCUAGUAAUAAUCUAUUAUCUCCCAAUUAUGGCAGACAUCUGUCAGUCGACUACAAAGAACUGCAAAGUUCCCAAGUCUGCCGAGGAGUCCUUCAAAUUCUGGAAACUUCAACCAUUCUCCUCAUUCAUCUGUUGGUGGCAACACUGUCUCAGGUAUUCUUCAGAAAUAAACACACUAGGGGAGAUGAAUUUAAAUAAAUGUUGCCAACACUUUUCUGUCUAAUGUUGGAUCCAUUUAUUGCUUAUUUUGUGCCAUUCAACCAUAUAAUUUUUUUUUUUUUUUUUGCAUAUGUGCCAAUUUUUCACCACAGCAACAGCUUUAUGAAUAUUAUUGCCUCUUUUUAAAAGCGGUGGAUUUUCUCUUCCACUAUAUAUUUUGCUAUGAAGUAAACUGUCACUUUUUAGAUUGCUUUAAUAAAUAUGAUCAAAAUAAUUACACAAUUUAAACGGCCACUUUUCAGACGACUUUGAAAAAUAUCUUCCUUUCUCUGGGAUAAGCAAUUCAUAAAUAAUUGUAUAAAUUAAAUGAAAAAUAAUGGGAGACUAUUUUCCUUUUAUAUAACAGUUGUUCAUUUGUGCUUGAAAGGGAACCGCAGCACAUUAUAUUAACAGAUGCCAUUUAUUUAUUAUAGAUUAUAUAAUAACUAUUUCCUAAGUUUUGUCAUGUCAUAUUCACAAAGUGUUGGGAGUCAAUUAACCAUGCAACUUUGCUGCUGCACUAACCCUGACCCUGAUGUCUUAGGAGGAAGCACUACAUAUUACUCUGUAUAUCGUGCACACUACAGAAGUUCACACCAUUCAAGUCCAUGCUUCCUGUGAUGAGCUGUGUGACAAAGGCAGAGUUGCAGGAGCUCUCCAUGUACAGUUCAUCUCCACUGACAAAACCACAAAAGCAACUCUGUCAAACUGACAGUAAUUGCAUAUCAAAUUAUGAAGAAGUUCCACUCCUCUGACUCAUAUAAAUGUUUUUUUAUAUUUAGCAGAAUAUUAUGGUCACCUUUAAUAAAGGCACUUUCAAAAACUAGGAAAAUAGCUUGAUUUAGAUAAAAAUUGCUCAUCGUACCUCUUUAGCACUCCCUUCAGUUGUAGGAAAUAUUUACAUUUUAUUAGAAUCUUCUAAAAAAAUAUGUUAUUGGUUCUGUGAUUAUAAGGGUAGCUUGCGUUUAAAAUGUUUGUAUUAUGGUAUAGAUAGCAAUAUGACUAUUCUAUAUAGUGUCGUUAGAACUUGUGUUUGCCAAUAGUUGAAUGCUCAGAUUGAGUAAAUGUUAGUAGUGUUUGUGGUAUUGAAAUUUUUCUUUUUGUUCUUUCUUUAAGGUGGCAGUGCAGAUAAUGUUUUGUCUCAAAUAGCAGCCCAUCGGAAAAAGGCAGCAAGUUUAUCUGAGCAGAAAACAACUCAACCACAAAGCCCAGGCAAUACAGUGUGUGGGUCCUCUGUCCCAGAGCAGCAGAAUGUCACACUGACAGCUAGCACACAUUUACCAAAGGUAACAAAGUAUUUUGUGCUCCAUUGGCAUCUCUGAAGUCAAUCAGUUUGUCACAUUCUUGGAUUGCUACUUGCAUUAAAUUCCUGUGUGUGAAAAAGUUAUUGUUGAGACUGACUUUGAACACUCUUCUCUUUGAGUUAGAACACUGCAUGUGACCUUUGUCUUGAACCAAGUUUAACCAGUAUCUAAGCCAUUGCAGUAUUGGCGAUCCCUGUCAUGUAAUUGUUAACCGCAGUAAUAUCGGAUUACUUUGAUAAUUAUUCUUGAGUUUUGCUUCUCUGCAGAAAGUUGACAUUUUAAAACGUCCUCCUUCUGGAACAUCCUCUAACUCUAAAAGCACUUCUCCAACACUGACACCAUCUCCAUCACCCACCCCAAAGGGCUGUCUCGCUGAGUCCUCUUUGUCGUCUUCCUCUUCUCACAAGCAGUCCAAAAGCAGUGGAGGUUCUAGCAGCGGAACUAUAACAGAUGAAGGUGAGCUCUCUAAAUCUUCACAUUGUCACUUGAAACUUUGCUUGCUGUUGCUUUAAAGUUCUUAUGCCCCCCUUAAUACAGUCCAAAAUUUGCAUUAAAAAGUAGCAUAUACAUUAUGUGAAUUCUUUCAAGGCACGGCUGAGUCCUAGUGUAUAUCAUACUUGGAUUAUAGAAAAGGAAAGAAAAAAAGAGAGAGAAAAUUGGAGCCUACUAUUGACUGGUACCUCUGUAUGGGGGGUAACCCCUUAGUUGAGUGAGCUAUUAAAGAGAAGAAGGAAUUGGAGGUAACAGUACUAAAGCAAUAAAGACACAGGGGAAUAUCAGUAAUGGUGGUAAAAUAAUUAAAUAAAUGGAUAAAACGUCACUUUUAAUCUAUGAAUUUUAAAAUGUUUCCAAAUAUAGGGGCUAGAUAUGUAUCUAACUAAACCAACACACACACAAAAAAUAAAAAUAAAUAGAAUAAAUAAACUGAAAAAUAGGGGACGAAAUGGGGAAACAUAUAUCUUAAAAACCUGUUAGAAUGAACGGCACCAAAAUAAUAAAGUGUCACUUCCAAUGUGUAAUUAUGGUAAUGGUAGUGUAUAUCAUGUUUAAAAUCUUUAUAAUGUUAUGUGAUCUAUAUCAAGCUUGUAAGGCUUUGUUUCAUAUGCAUCUGUUUGUUCUUACUUUUAUAUUUUGCAGAUGAGCUGUCUGCUAUCCUUAAAAAAUUGUCACUGGAGAAGUACCAGCCGAUUUUUGAAGAACAAGAGGUAAUACAUGCAAUAAUACCACUCUUUACUCCUGAAAGGAUUACAAUUAAAUCAUGCUACUUGAGGCCUGCUGCUAUUGUGAAACAUGUCAUUGUAGAAAACAUUUUUUAGAUCCAUAAAUGAGAAAAAGAAAGUAAAACAAGGAUUAGUUAGAUUAAAAACAAACUAAGUAAGGUAUGUAGAAGAGAAUAAAGGUCUAGCUGACUGCCUCAAUUAAUAUUUUUGUUCAGUAUUUACAGAUGAAAAUGAAGGAAAGGGGCCUCAGUUAGGAAAAAGGACAAACUAGUCAUUUGUUACAUGUGAAUUUACAGAGGAAGAGGUUCUAUUUCAACUGUCAAAAUUAAAGACAAAUAAGUCAGUGGGACCUGAUGGAAUACACCCAAAGUUAUUAAAAGAGCUUAGCGGUGUACAAGCAAAACCAUUAACUGAUUUAUUUAACCAAUCAUUAACAGGAGUAGUCCCAGAAGAUUGGAAGUUAGCGAAUGUUGUGCCCAUUCACAAGAAUGGUAGUAGGGAGGAGUUGGGCAACUAUAGGCCAGUAAGCCUUACUUCAGUAGUGGGGAAAGUAAUGGAAACCAUGUUAAAGGAUAGGAUUGUUGAACAUCUAAAAUCACAUGGAUUUCAAGAUCAGAGACAACAUGGGUUUACUUCAGGGAGAUCAUGCCAAACUAAUCUUUAUUGAUUUUUUUUGAUUGGGUAACUAAAAUAAUAGAUCAGGGUGGUGCAGUAGACAUUGCUUACCUAGAUUUCAUUAUGGGUUUUGGCACUGUCCCACGUAGAAGGCUUAUCAAUAAACUGCAAUCUUUAUGUUUGGAUUCCAAUAUUGUUGAAUGGGUAAGGCAGUGGCUGAGUGACAGGCAACAGAGGGUUGUAGUCAAUGGAGUAUAUUCGAAGCAUGGGCUUGUCACCAGUGGGGUACCUCAGGUAUCUGUACUUGGACCCAUUCUCUUUAAUAUUUUUAUUAGUGAUAUUGCAGAAGAUCUUGAUGGUAAGGUAUGUCUUUUUGCUGAUGAUACUAAGAUAUGUAACAGGGUUGAUAUUCCAGGAGGGAUAAGCCAAAUGGCAAAUGAUUUAGGUAAACUAAAAAAAUGGUCAGAGUUGUGGCAACUGACAUUUAGUGUGGAUAAGUGCAAGAUAAUGCAUCUUGGACGUAAAAACCCAAGGGCAGAGUACAGAAUAUUUGAGUCCUAACCUCAACAUCUGAGGAAAGGGAUUUAGGGGUGAUUUAUUUCUGAUGACUUAAAGGACCACUAUAGUGCCAGGAAAACAUACUCGUUUUCCUGGCACUAUAGUGCCCUCAGGGUGCCCCCACCCUCAGGGUCCCCCUCCCGCCCGGCUCUGGAAGGGGGAAAGGGGUAAAAACCUACCUUUUUCCAGCGCUGGGCGGGGAGCUCUCUGCCUCCUUUCCUCCUCCGAUCCGCCCCGUCGGCUGAAUGUGCACGCGCGGCAAGAGCUGCGUGCGCAUUCAGCCGGUCGCAUAGGAAAGCAUUCAUAAUGCUUUCCUAUGGACGCUUGCGUGCUCUCACUGUGAUUUUCACAGUGAGAAUCACGCAAGCGCCUCUAGCGGCUGUCAAUGAGACAGCCACUAGAGGAUUUGGAGGAAGGCUUAACCCAUUGAUAAACAUAGCAGUUUCUCUGAAACUGCUAUGUUUAUAAAAAAAAAAAUGGGUUAACCCUAGAAGGACCUGGCACCCAGACCACUUCAUUAAGCUGAAGUGGUCUGGGUGCCUAGAGUGGUCCUUUUAAAGGUAGGCAGACAAUGUAAUAGAGCAGCAGGAAAUGCUAGCAGAAUGCUUGGUUGUAUAGGGAGAGGUGUUAGCAGUAGAAAGAGGGAAGUGCUCAUGCCAUUGUACAGAACACUGGUGAGACCUCACUUGUAGUAUUGUAUGCAGUACUGGAGACCGUAUCUCCAGAACGAUAUUGAUACUUUAGAGAGAGUUCAGAGAAGGGCUACUAAACUGGUUCAUGGAUUGCAGGAUAAAACUUACAAGGAAAGGUUAAAGGAACUCAACAUGUAUAGCUUGGAGGAAAGACGAGACAGGGGGAUAUGAUUCCCUUUAUGUAUUUAAAAUGAUAGAAACAUUUUAAAUUCAUAAAGGGAAUCAACACAGCAAAGGAGGAGACUAUAUUUUUAAAGAAGAAAAACUACCACAACAAGAGGACAUAGUCUUAAAUUAGAGGGGCAAAUGUUUAAAAAUAAUAUCCGUAAGUAUUACUUUACUGAGAAAGUAGUGGAUGCAUGGAAUAGACUUCCAGCUGAAGUGGUAGGGGUUGUAAUGGAUCGCCUGGCAUCCCGACUGGGUACCUCCGUUAACAGAUGCUCCUAGUGCUUUCCGAGGGCUCCAAGCACUCCACUAGACACCAUAACCACUGCAGACCCCACGAACUGCCGCAGCUUGGUUGGGUCUCGCCAUCUUCCACCCACUCUGGACCCAAGACCAGGAUCCAGUUUCCAGUAGGUAGACCUCUCUUAAUCCAGAGAGCAGGAACAGGAACAAGCUCUUACAAGAUCCCCAGAGUGUAGGUAGUUCUCCAAUUCCCCAAACAUGAGCUGAAACUUCAUGAAGGGUAGAACAAGUCUGGAACUUUAUUGGUACAGGUUGGCUUAUAUACAAUUCCUCAGGCCAGAGGCACACCCCCUGGACCUGAUGGAGCACCGCAUUACAAACUGUACAGACCAAUAAGAACAGUAUAACAAUAUCCGACAUUCCCACAUACAUUAAACAAUCCCUCCGGGAUCCACUGUAUCAUCUGGCGCCAUUUUUAGUGGCACCAGACUGGCAGGUGAGCUUCAUGCAGAGCUCAGAGUGAGAUCGGCAUGCAGGUUUUUAAAUGGGAAUUUAAAUCCCCAUAGACCGUAAUGUAGUGUGAGCAGUAUGUCAGCACUAUCAGUGCUUUCUUACAUUCUGUUACAUGAUAUGGUGCUUGGGAGACUCCUCGAGUGUGAACAGACCAUGGAGGGUCACUCUCCAUACCCUAAUGCCUUUGUGAUUGGUGUUGGGCUUUGUCAGAUGCUAUUUUAAGUAUUAGAGAUAGGAGACUGUCUUACUGAAACUAGCCAGUAGAUAGUAGCAACCUACCACUCUGUUUUUUUUUUUGUUUUUUUUUAGAAUCCCUAUACGAAUAUCAGUAUUAUUAGAAGAGGGUACCCUUUGGGAUUAAAAUUUGGUUUAGAAUAAGUAUUAGGUUUUAUAUAAAAUGUAUGUUUAAGAUUAAUUUUCAAAUUAAUUGUAGUAUUUGGAUUAUGUUUUAGAUUAGAUUUUAGAUUAGGGUCAGCAAAGGAAUCUCUCUGCUGAACGCAGCAAGGGAAUUCCUCUGCUGAUAUCAGCAGAAGGAAUCCUUCAAACACUAUUGCUUUGCUAGGUUUACGAUUAAGGUUAUAAUUAGGGUUAGGUAUAAAAUUGUGGUAUGUGUUAUGAUUGGGGUGAGGUUUAUGAAUAGAUUUAGUUUUAGAUUGGGAUUUGUACAAAGAUGUACAUAUGGGACAUUGUACCCAGGAGAUGAUAAUUUUAUCUUAACGCACAAUACACAAAGAAAGAGCAACAAAAAUACAAUGGGGAUAUAAAAAUUAAUUUCGCAAACUUUGAAAAACAACAGUGACAAAAUGGCACCUCAAUAAAGCUCAAAAUAUAUCAUGUGAGAGUCCCCAUGGUGUCCACUUUUGCAAAAGGAAUGCAUUCAUGGUGUAAUUUAAAUAUGUGAGCAAUUCAAAUGCCCCAAAGACCAAUCUUAAAAUUUCCUUUCCCCUCCCCAGCCUUGUUUUUUCAUAAAACUUGACAGAGGUUUGCAAAGGGGGUCAUUCUGUACUCAAGAAAUACAGCUGAGCACAAUUUAGUGAUAUUUAUUACAAUAUCACAUAUCAAGUUUACAAAAUAAACAGCAAAAUUGCAAUGCAUGCGAUAAAAUGUUUUUGUAAUUGGUGCUAAAAUGGCUGUAUAAUAAGGAUCACAUAUAACCAUUUGACAUAUCCUGUGGCGUCUUUCACAGUUAGCAUGCAUUUAUGGGGGUAAUUUUAGCUAGUGAUAGACCGAUUAUUGGUUUGACCGAUAUUCCCGAUUUUGGCAAAUAUCGAUAUCGGCUACUAUUGAUACCUAUAUUGCCGAUAACGUGAGAGGCGGCAGUGGCCCAGCGCAUGCAGGGCCGGCGCAUCCAUAAGGCGGAACACACGGCCACAUUAGGGCGCACUGAGAGAGCACUUCCUGUGAAUCUGGCCGGGUACAGGAAACUGUAGUUUCUGUACCACGGUCUGCUCCACUUGGCAAUGCUACAAGAGAGCUAAUGAGGCACACCAGGGAGGAGAGAGAACCAUUAAGGGGUAAGGGACUCUAAAGGACAGGGAUGGAAGAGUUACACUAAGGGGGGGAGAGAGGGGGGAACACUAAGGGACAGGGAGGGGAGAGGUACACUAAGAGACAGGAAAGGGAACACUAAGGGACAGGGAUGGGAGGGAAGAGAUACACUAAAUGACGGAAGGGAGAGGAACACUAAAUAUUCUUGAAAACAAAAAAAUCUGACUGGCAUGUAUAUUUUUGUGCAUUUACUACUUAAUAAAAAAAGAUUUGCAAAAAUAAAUAAUAAACAUGUUCAUUUAACAGUAGAUUUGUGUAGAAAUUGUUUCUUUUUUCAAAAUGGUAAAUGUACAGAGUAUCGGUAAGUUAUCCGCUAUCGGCCUGAAAGUUCACAUAUUAUCGGUAUCGACUCUAAAAAAAUAAAUAAAUCGCUCGAUCCUUCAUUUUAACCCAUAAACUGCUACAAUGCCCCAAAUUGAGACAUAGACCCAUCAAAUUUGUCUAACUAAUUUCUAACUGUAAACAUUGAAAUGGUCUGGUCUUUUAAAUUGCAAUGUAGCUUCAUAGGAUAGUGACAAAGGUAUAGUUUUUAGAAGAUGAAGCUGAACAUGGUAUGGGGUUUUGUACAAGAGUAGUACACAUCAGGUUUCUAACCUACACAACUUGUUAUAUGUGUGUGUAAAAAAUCAGGAAAAAAAACAAAACACAAUUGUACUAUAAUAUUUAGUAGAGGUUGGCUCUUAAAUGGCUGCGUAAAAAGUGUCCGAAUACUCUUGGGUAAACAGACUGAUAUCUGCUUUAUAUAAAUAUAUACUUUUGUGUGGCAAUUUUAUUUUCUGCAAUGGCUCUUAAGCUUACAAGAUGAACACACCAAAUUCUAAAUUCAUUCCACAUUCAACUUUUUUGCUGCUUGUAUUUUGUGACCUGUAACUCCUAAAAUUAUACUGAAAUCCUAAACUUAUUCUAUACUAUGUAAAUCAGGACAAACAAAUGAAUACAUUUUUUUUCUGUAGUGUCAGGCACACAAACGUGUAUUCCUGACAAUAUGGUGUUUCACGAUCUAGGUCUCUGGCCCAUAAAUUGCAGCUCCACCACAUGUGGAGAUAAUCUGCCCCCUCACUAUCACAUCUCCAACAUGUAGAAUUAGAGUUAGGGGUAAACUUAUUCACUAACAAGGGAUCCAAGUACCAGAAAUUGAUCACUUUAUAUUGUUUUUCAAGUAUAUUAGUGCAAUGGAUAUUCCUGUUAUAAUUUUUUAUAGCCAAACGCCAGUCUUCCCAAUUUAUAUCUAUAUCAAGCCAUUUAUUCAAUUUCUCUAUUUUCUUAUAAACAUCUCCUUGUUCUAUAUAGGCUAUUAAAAGAUAAGCCAUUGACACAACUUUAGAGACUAAUUUCUCACAGAAUAUUUUUUUUCUUUUUUGAAAAUCUUGCAAAUGUAACAAUUGAUACUUCAAUAGCAUGGAUAACAUUGAUACUUCUAUCGUAAUGUCUAGUACAUGGUUCAUAUUCGUUAACAAAAUUACAUGCAAUCGACAUAGAAGGGAGGUAGGGAACAAGAAUAAUACUGGCAUUGACUUUCAGUUAGAAUCGCUAAUAGUUUAAGGUCUAGUAUUGUCUCCAGGUGAGUGUCGCUAUCUGUCUGUUUGACUGAUGCUCAUGAAGUUACACCAUGGUUCCCAGGUGGUCGUGUAUAUGUGGUAUUUGCCGGUUAGUGAGAAACUAAUUUCUUUCAUUGAUCUAAUGUUUUCUACUCUCUGUACCCAGUCCCUUAUGGUAGGUGGGGCUGCCUGUUUCCAGUGGAGGGGGAUGAGGAGGUUUGCUGCAGUGAGCAUAUGUAUGUCUAGGGUCCUAAUGGCCCUUGGUAUGGAGGAAGGCAGUAUAAGAAACAGGAAUGUUUCAGGUGUGUAGGGUAUGGUGGUUCCUAUUAUGAGGCAUAUGAGGUUGGAGAUCCGUGACCAGAACUUUUGGAUCACCGUGCAUGACCACCAGAUGUGGGUUGUGUCCCCAGUUGCUUCUAGGCAUCUCCAGCACUAAUCGGAUGUGCCUGGGAAUGCUUGCUUGAGUUUGGAUGGGGUGUAGUGGAUUCUUUUGGAAUCAAUUGAAAUGCCUCCACAAAAGUGAAUAUAUCACAUGGAGAAUAUGAGUUGUUUUGCCACCAGUCUCAGGCAGAGUUUAUGGUGAUGUUUUCCACACACAUGUACUCUAGUCGCUUGUGCACGCACCAAUGUGUUUAUGAAUGCUGGUAUCCAUAUAGAACAAUCUCUAUAUUUGUUUUUGCCUGAGUAAAGAAUUCUCCCACAUGCCUGGUUUUGUCAUUUUCGAUAUGGCAAAAUUUUGCAUGUGCCUUUUGCAAUUUCUAAGCUUCAUGAAGUCCUAAUCUUUCUCGGGUAUUUUAACGGUCCAUUGAUCACAAAUGCACAAACACAUUUAUCCACUUUUACGUAGCCACUGAUCUAAAUACCGAAAACCGACAAACAUUCUCACUGUCUAAUUCGAACUACUUCAAUUACCAUGUUAUUAACUAAUAACUUUGUUAUUUUGCAUAGGACCCCUGUGCAUUAUUGCAAAAAUAUAUAAAUAAAAAACUAAAAAGCAUCCGUGAUGGGUCCAUAUAAGAAUAUAUAGCAAUAGUUUUAUUUUUUUAUGUAUUUCUUGACGCUGUCUCUUUUCUUUAUCUGCUGGCAUCCUACUGUUUCUCUACAUCUUCUAUCCUCUUUGAAGAAGGCUUGGUAAGGAUCAUUCAACUUUUAUACUAAAUGAAGUCUCAUGGAAAAUGUUCUGUUAGAAGGCUUAGAUGUGGCUAAAAAUUAAAAAAAUCAGGGGACCAUACAUCCAAGAAAUUUGGUUAUAAGUCCACAAACCACACACUGCUACGGAUGAGGGUUAACUUGCCUCUCCCUGGAUGAUUAUUUAAGAUAAAUAGAUGCUGGUGACUCAGUGCACACUGAAUACUGUAUACACUUUGUGAGAGGGAAAUAUGCUAUGCUGAGGUUUCUGGGAUACAUGCCAGUACUUGCUUCAUUCCUAGCAUGUCUUCAGCUAGGAGGGGCAGUGUUUUUCAAAUUGAAACCCUAUUACUCUGUGGAAGGAUUAUAUUUUUACAUUUUGCUCUGAUGCAUUAUGUAUCAUAGGUCUGGAGUGCCCCUUUCAUGCCCUAACAUUUUCUGAGCUAGCAGGCCCCAUCUCUUGGCAAUUCAAUCAUGUGGACAAAAGUAAUUUCUAUAAAUGUUUUGCCUUUCAAUUAUUCCUUAUGUUUUUUUUCCCCCAGAAUCUACUUAUACAAAUUCUGAGCUGUGUAAGAAAUUUCCAUUGUGUAGCAUAUACAUGUACAAUAAUAUUAAAGGGACACUAUAGUCACCUGAACAACUUUAGCUUAAUGAAGCAGUUUUGGUGUAUAGAACAUGCCCCUGCAGCCUCACUGUUCAAUCCUCUGCCAUUUAGGAUUAAAUUCCUUUGUUUAUGAACCCUAGUCACACCUCCCUGCAUGUGACUUGCACAGCCUUCCAUAAAAACUUCCUGUAAAGAGAGCCCUAUUUAGGCUUUCUUUAUUGCAAGUUCUGUUUAAUUAAAACUUUCUUAUCCCCUGCUAUGUUAGCUUGCUGGUCCCUGCAAGAGCCCCCUGUAUGUGAUUAAAGUUCAAGUUAGAGAUUGAGAUACAAUUAUUUAAGGUAAAUUACAUCUUUUUGAAAGUGAAACCAGUUUUUUUUUUCUUCAAUGCAGGCUCUGUCAAUCAUAGCCAGGGGAGGUGUGGCUAGGGCUGCAUAAACAGAAACAAAGUGAUUUAACUCCUAAAUGACAGUGAAUUGAGCAGUGAAAUUGCAGGGGAAUGAUCUAUACACUAAAACUGCGUUUUUUUUUAGCUAAAGUAAUUUAGGUGACUAUAGUGUUCCUUUAAGUAAUCUGCCAUUUAUUUUCUAACAUUAGAUUUCACAGAUGAUAACAUAUUCAUUAACCUUACCCAUCAAAUUUGCACAAAUUCGGACCUAGCCCCCAUAGGUAAUAUCUAAAAGUAGCAUUUUGCAUCAAGGUCAGUGUUUAAUAAAAUUACACCAUCAAUCAUAGUGUUCAAUUGGGAGCAUGUGACCAGUUCCAGAACCCGUGCAAAUGCAUGUAUUCCAAUGACAGGCACAGGUUAUAGAACUGAUGUUUCCAAAAUAAUAAGGGUGGUGCACAGGCUAGCAGCAUCUACCAGUGAACUCCUGCUGAUAACAGAUUCCCAGGCUGUGAAAAUAGAGGGAAUAUUUAAAUAUAAAUUUCAUGCCUUGGCUGUCUGUUUGAAGAUAACUAGUCCAAUGUCUGCAUUUUCUACCAUUAAUGCAAUCACACUGAAUCCUUUUCAACUUUAACAAAAGAAAGUGCACAUUAGCUGUUGUAUGACAUUGCUGUAUCAGUUUGGCUAUCACAUAAGUGCUAGUGUUGCUGUGAUCUUUAAUGUGAAUCAGUUGCUUUGCUAACUGGAAAAUGAAUGAUUGUUAAAAAUUACAAUGUUCAACAAUCUCUUUUCACAGGUUGACAUGGAAGCCUUCCUCACACUUACUGACGGUGACUUAAAGGAGUUGGGGAUAAAGACUGAUGGAUCCAGACAGCAGAUUUUGGCAGCUAUUUCUGAACUUAAUGCUGGAAAGGUAUCUGCUGAAUAUUACAGUUCCUAAUAGAAACUGUUCAAUAUACUGCCACUUCACUUAUAACCCGUAAAAAAAUAGCCCAUUCACACUGCCUUCCUUGGUGUAAAAUGAGGACAAAGCCACUAAGGUCUGGUAAUCCGCACUUGCUAAAAUUGUCACUGGGUUAGCCCUUGCUGUCAAUCAUUCAGAAGCAGCAACAAUCUCUGAAUGUGCCUCCAAACGUUUGUUUGGUGGUCGAAUGAAUCCUUUACUUUUAGUGAUUUUCAGAUUUAGAGCCAAAGUAGCCAAACUGAAGCAGAGCUGGCUUUGAAAUUCAAUUUGAACUCUAACUUUAGUAAAUAACCCUGUUAUCUUAGAAAGGUCAAUUCCAAAAAUAAAUUCAGGGAUUCUGAUGUUAAACCUGAUGUGUCAUUAAAUGGACUCUCCAGUGCCAGGAAAACACAUCAGAUUCCCUGGCACUGCAGGACCCUGCGGUGCCCCUCUCCCUCAAUCCCAGCUUGCUGACGGGGUUAAAAUCCCUUCAGUGACUUACCUGAAUCCAGUGCCAAUGUCCCUUGCUGCUGAGUGAGGCUCCGCCUACUCUCCUCCCCCCACCGACAUCAGCCGGUGUGGGAGACCUAAUGCGCCUUUGCGGCAAUGGUGUUGCGCAUUAGACAUUGAAUAAUGCUUUCCUAUGGGGAUUCCGGUGACGCUGGAUGUCCUCAUGCAUAGCGUGAGGACAUCCAGCGUCUGUUAAAAAACUCUUCGUGUUCCAAGAACAGGAAGUCCCUCUAGUGGCUGUCUUAUCAGAAAUUAACCCUGCAAGGUAACUUUUUUCGUUUAUACCAACUGCAAUCAUUACACUUGCAGGGUUAAGGGUGGUGGGAGUUGGUACCCAGACCACUCCAAUGGGCAGAAGUAGUCUGGGUGCCUGGAGUGUUCCUUUAAUAAUCAGAAGAGAAUUCUUGGUCACAUAGAGGAUGCUUCCUGAAUCAUGCAGUUUGAAGGUAUUUAUUUAUUUAUAGGGGCGCGAGAGACAGAUUCUACAGGAAACCAUACACAACUUUCAUUCCUCCUUCGAAAGCAGUGCUAGCAACACCCAGCCUGCUGGUGCCCAGCAAUGUAAGUAUCUGCAUAAAUAAUAGUGCAAUUUUGGAUGGUGGAGGUAAUUAGUACUGUGGGCUACAAGGGAAUGGCACAUUUUAUGCCAAAAUAGCCAUAAUGGGGGACAAAAUAGCCAACUUGGUGAACAUUUUCUGUUCUAUUCUCACAUUCCCAUUAUGAAUUUAAAAAAGAUAAAACAUUCAAAUUCUUACAAUAAAGGCUUCUCUUAUUCAGAAAAAAUCCAGCUCCAUAUGUCAACUGUGACAUGUUACAGUAUGCUACGCUGAUCCACACACAACCCUCACCAAAACAAAAGCCAGAGUUUCCACUUAACCAUGUUCUUUUGAUACCACUGCACCUCAAAAACCGAUAAACUGACAUACUAGUGAGUGACAAAUAGACAAUGCACACACAAAGAAUUCUGCUCACCUGUAUAAAAUACGCCUAGCUCUAGGUAAGAAGAGUGUGGUGCCAAUUAAUGGACGGCAAUGUCCCACCAUGCACACUUUCACUCCGAAUAUAUAGUGGCAAGUCUCCACAAACUGGAAAGAUGGUAGAUUUUUUUUAAAUUUUUUUUUUUUUUUUUUUUAAAUAGUUUAUGCAAGUUAACUUUUUUUUUUAACAGCUUGCAUAAACGAUUUAAAAAAAAAAAAAAAAAACUGAAAACCACCAGUCACCAUACCAAGUUAUUAUGCUGCAGCUCCCAGAUAUCCAUAAUUUAAAUCUCCAGACUUCCUAUUGGUGUAGAGUGGUAGUACUCUUUGUACCUACAUUGCACUUAAGCAACUGGCCCAAUUUUGGAUAAUCCAAAUUGGAAAUUGUGAUUUUAAAGUUAAUUUCAGAUUUUAGGCCACAAUAUGCAAAACUGAAAAAUCAUCCAACUCUAUUUUCGUUCCAACUAUUUCCCAUGGAAUUCGAAAAUCACUUUGCUUUGGGUGAUGCCAUCAAAAAGAUUCAUAACGGUGGAAUUUAAAUUGGCAUAAUAUAGAUUAGAAAACCGCUCUUUUAAAACAUUUAAUUUCCCUCAUGCUGACAAUUUUGCUCUUUUCUACAGCUCUUUCUGUACGUACAAAACCAAAAGCUCCGGUUUCAAACAAAAGGUAGCAGACACCACGAGAACAAAUGGAAACAUAAUUCCAGAAGGAUUGGAAGCCAGUAACUUAGCUGGGAUUUGACGCCAGAGUCUUGGUCCAAAUGGGGCAAUCAGACACUGAAGCAUGUACUAAUCAUACUCAGGACAUGUACUCGGGUCAUCAUAUGGCAAAGACGGCACAUUUGGGGCAGGGAGGCAAGAAGAGAUGUUAAUUUAAAUUUAAAAAAAAAGUCAACUAUCUAAAAGAUAUAUAAGUGGGUUGGAUUCACAGUCAUCACUUAAGCAAAGGAGGAUGGCAUGAUAAUGCAAUGGAACAUAGUUUAAUGUGAAAUAUCCAUCUAAAAUGUUCAACUUCAGGCACUUUAAGAAAUCUUGAAAUAAAGUAAAUAUUUUGUUUGUUUCACAAUGUUUUUAUUGUUGUGCACAGAUUUAAUGUGUUUUAGCAGUAGUAAACAUGGAAUAUAGAAAUACUGGAAAGGAGAUCUAAAUAAAACUGGACUCACUUUAAAUAGCUGGUUAUGGAAUGAGCAACAAGUAUAUUCAUGUAUGUGUGAUGAUACAUGUGCUGCAGAUUACAUAAACAGGUAUUUUCACAGAAAAGAAAAGUGUGACUUCAGAGAACACACCAUUCGGAGUCUAUCUAUACAGUGUGGGAUAUUUCCCACUCAAGUGGAGCCUUGCAAACCCAAAGCCAGGCGUGAUAGGUAUUUACACAGCUUUAAGAAUUCUUGCAAAAAUGACCUGGACUGACUUGUCGGUCUAUCCAUCAAAGCCUGACUUAAAUAAUUUUAGCACAUUUACACAAUUGAACCAUUUAUUAAAAAUGAAUAUUCAAAGUUCCCAAAACAACAAAAAGCAGGCCAAAAAAAGUCCUAAAUCAUUCAAUUUAGUGUCUAAUAGGUAUUUAAAGAAUAGCCAUAGUUCCACUCUAAGUUCGUUUGAGUUUAAGUGACACUGUCAAAUAAGUUGAUAGACAUAUUGCAAUGAUUCCCCCAUUCUCCUGUUGAAAGCAAUCAAUCAUGUUUUCAGUGAGUAACAUUUCCCAUAACAGGUUAAAAGUUAAAAACACUUGGUGUUGACCUUGAUUAAAUAAUAAAGUAUGGUCUCACACUCUAUUGCAAGAUUUCCUUUCCAAAGCUGGUGUCAUAAAUUAAUCUACGUGUUUCUCUUCUCCCUCCGUGCUGCUUACACACAGAGCCUGCCCCUUCUCCAUACUUCUCUCACAGACAUUACUUUCUCUGAAUUCAAGCAGGAGAGACUCCCAGGAGGUUUCCCUAAUAAAAUAUACAGAGCAUGUGUCCAUGUGAUCUGUCAGUUCCUAUCUGUGAUGGAGGAGGUGGGAAUAAAUGGGUUUUUUUUUACCUCUGAUUUUAGAGAAAUCUGCUAGCAUACUGUAUUGAUGCAAUUCAGUUCUCUAUAAUGCAAGAUUAAGUUGCAUUUGUAAUGACAGGUACCCUUUACGUUGCAAAAAACAGCAAUUAUAAAUAAGGUGGUUUUGAAUUGUUUUAGCUAUUCCAGAUCUUUGUAACAAAAAAUUUUAAACUGGAAAUUGCUAUUUCAUAUCUGGACUUCAUACAUUCAGGGAAUGUAAGUUUAGGUAAAAACUACACAGUCACUAAAAAGGGUAAUCCAGACAUGGACCCCUUGCUCACGGUGUCUAGAGAGAUAUCAGCUAUGCCUCACUGAUG